CCUUGACAGCGCGCAUGUGCAGCACUGUGGCUACAAUGUAGCAGGAUACAAAUCGAAUCAAUCACUGGUCUACGCGACUCCGCCCAUAAAGGAAUGAAUGAAACGGUAUAUGGGGAUACCGAUAGGACGUAUUCGUGACCUCAGAUGUUAGUCCGUUUUAACUUCAAAUCACUCAAUUGCCCUGAAGCACGUAAAAGGAUACGGGCGACAUGGACAGGCCUGUUGAACCAGGACAUUUCUCAGCAUGCGAAGCCCGGUUGGACAAGCACAUUGCGGGACGUUGCAGCGUGGAUUUCCCGGUAGCUGUGGUUCUUCCAGCCGGUGGCAGUGGAGAAAGAACCGGGCUACUGACACCCAAACAGUUCUGCACGUUUCUCAACAGACCUCUGAUAAGCUACACAAUUCAAACUUUCGAGAGAGUGCCAUGGAUUCAAAGCAUCGUUGUGGUGGUUGCCAAGGAGAGCUUAGAUUUGAUGAUGGACAUUAUCCAUCGCUUCCACCACAGAAAUGUCCUAGUGGUACAUGGUGGAUCUACUCGCCACAGAUCUAUCUUCAAUGGGGUCCGAGCCCUCAGUGAGGGAGAGGGUGGUACGGCCCGCGUCAAACCGAAGGUGGUCAUCAUCCAUGAUGCAGUGCGGCCCUUUGUGGAAGAGGACUUCCUCCUCAAGAUAACAAUGGCUGCCAAAGAACAAGGGGCUGCUGGGGCUAUCCGACCUCUGGUUUCCACAGUUAUUGCUACCACAUUGGAGGGCUACCUGGACCAUUCUCUGGAGAGAACCAUGUACAGAGCCAGUGAGAUGCCCCAGGGAUUCAUCUAUGAUGUCAUCUACCAGGCUUAUCAGAGGUGCAGUGAGUCGGACUUUGAGUUUGGCACCGAGUGCCUUCAUCUGGCUCUGCAGUACUGUGGCACCAAUGCCAAGCUCAUCGAGGGCCCACCAACCCUGUGGAAGGUGACCUACAAACGAGAUCUGGCUGCAGCGGAGUCCAUUGUCAAAGAGACUCUCUCCCAGUCGGCCUGUGUUGUCACAGGUGGCUCUGCACAGGCUACAGAGCUGGCCAACGCUCUGCAGAGGAGCAUGAGCGCUUUGGACAUGGAGGUGGAUGUGAUCUCAGACUUGAUGGGAGACGAUGCCAAAUCUCUGUCAAAAGAGUGGAACUUUAUUCGAGUUUCUGUCAACAGUUCUUGCUUUUCUGAAGUUGGAAAAAUGCUGAGUGCAUUGGAGGAGGCAGACCGAGCACUCCUGCAUCCAGUGGUCAUUAUUUGGGUUUAUUUGAACGUGUCGGAGGACGGUUUGUCUGCCAGCGAGCCGAUGGGAGGAGAGCCGGCGGCCAUGAUGGAGCUCGCCACAGGAGCCAAGCUCGGAAAUAUUUUAGUCUAUGGCAUCCAGCUUCAUCACUCAAAGGAUCCUCACAGUGUCUCUCUGUAUGUAUGUGGAUGCUGCAGGAAGCUACACUUUGGGGGCGGUCAGUGGAGAAGGUGGCCCAGAUGUCAUGUGCUCUGAUCCGGGACAGAAGCCCUGCCCUUACAGGACAGCUGCUCCAGGCGUGAGCCAACCCGGAAGAGCAGAUCACUUUGUACAGCCUCGCCUCGGAUCACCUUUAUCACUACCCACCUAUGGAUUGGCCACAAGGUGUGUGUUUGAGAGACACUCCAAGCCUUCAAACUCUGUAUGUCGUGAACUGCACUAGAAAAAGGAACAGUGUGAUGGAUAGGGAAGAGUUUAACAUGAGACAGGGGUGUGUAUGGAGACAGUUCGCUAUGCAAGUGUGUGAGACUGUCUAUAGUCCUAUGGUCUGAGACUUCAAACAGUACUGUGUUUCAUUCACAUGAAUAAAUACUACAGUUUACUAUAGAAUACUACAGUACUUACUAUAUAAUUGUGUAGUAAACUCUAUAAUAUACUACACACUGUAGUAUCCUUCGAUCACGUGUAGUCCUUACUAUAGAAUGCUCUAGUAUGCAGUAGAAUACUAUAGUAAAUACUACAGUAAUGUCAGCAAAAACACUAUAUUAAAUACUACAAUAUUUAAUUGGCAUAUACCGUGCCCAUUACCCUCCCCCUUAUCCCAAUUUGUGCCACCUAUAAUUGUGUGUCCCUACAGGUUAUAGAAAAGAGCAGAAGCUCUGAGCUAUCCGUUCAGACCCCAGUCCUACCUACCUACAGGUUAUGGAAAAUUUGCUCUUUUAGUGUUUCCCCAAUAGAUUUCCUAAAGGAAAAAAGCCUCCACUUCUAUGUUAAAGAUAAUAAAACAAGAACACUAUAGUAAAUACUACAGUAAUGUCUGCAAAAACACUACAGUAAAUACUACAAUCUUCAAAAACACUUGCAUUAAUUACUAUAGUAUACACUUUUUAUUUUAUGACGGUCUUUAUACUAUAGUUAACUGUAAAUGCUACAGAUUACUAUAGUAAACAGUCUGCAAAAACACUACACUUAAUACUAUAGUGUAUAUAUACCAUAGCAUACUAUAGUUUUUUAAAUGUGGGUUGGUCUCUAGAUCACUGGAUAAAGGUGCUGCUGAAUGGGGGAGAGGAGUUGACAUCUACUGUAUACAUGUGAUUUUGUACUGCCAUGUUUGAGUGGAGGUAUAAAAUGUUUGCUUUCAUUAAAAUUACUUUUCUUUUCAUUUUAGCCAUCA